CAAGACUAAAGACAAUCCAACUAGCAGGGGUCGCUGCACGUUGCUAAGCCUCAGCGCACAGCCUCGCCCUAGCCGCUAAGCAGCCUGCCUAUUUUUCCCGAAAGGCCCCUCUUCCAUGCCUCCUAAUCUCUCGUGAACAUCAUCUCUCAUGAGCAUAAUCUCUCGUGAACAAAGGAAAGCCCUUGAACGUUACAUUAAUCAUGGCGGCUGCGUUGCACUGUCCUUCGAGACCCAACACGGUGGACGAGAUCACAUCUCGGCUAGGCGAUUCCGCAUGCGACAAGAAAGAGAAGUCGGCACUGCGUGCUUUGAUCUCGCAAAUGGUCGGCCGAUUUCGUGACAAAAGCCGUCCAAGUUACUAUGUUGAAGCGUCACGUCUGUCACGAGCCACAACUCAGAGACAAUACCACCACUUGGCACAAGUUUUCUCGCGGGCGAUCGUGGACAACGCCAAAAAGGGUAAUGCACUUGACGGGGAUCUUCUCCCUAGCUUCGUCUUUCUCCUUUGGAAUAAGCCGGAAGGUUACUCGCGCGAUGGGCUUUAUGCGGCAGUCAAUGCAUUGCGUGAGAGGCUGGACUACAAAAUCCGCGAGAAUGCAUUGGAAGCUCAGUACCUUCUGUGCUAUGGGCUCGGCGUCUUGCUCGACGUCGCGGUUGAUAUCAAGGCAUCCGAAAUUGACAAAGAUUCACUGCGGGGCCCACUUCUCAAACUACUUGCGGAUUUGAAGGGUCAUGAUGAGCCACGCUUGGCUCAAGCGGCAGCCUACGCGUACGAAGCGCUCAGAGGUAUUUCAGACAAUCAAGGUCCCUGGGAUAUCUUCUGGAGCAACAGUUGGAGGGUCAUUGCAGUGGUUGCAAGAACUGCCGGGGCUGUCUCAACCAUGAACCCAGAAAGACUCUUGGAGGCGGGGCCAGACUUGAUGGAACUUUUGGAAUUCAUGAAGAGAAUCUAUGAUGCGGGCAAAGACCAAGUUGAAGCUAUAAGAGAGAUGGAUGAAGUGUUUGUUGAGAACAUCCGAAGACUUCCAAAUCAAAGGCUCUGGUAUGGCAUACUCCGGUACACUAGUAUGCUUAUUAUGGCUGGCGGCAACUCAUUUGACACCCUUGAACACAUAUUACCUAAGGUUCCCUGUGGGGAUAGCUGGCAGUUCUGGUGCGGAUUGUAUGCCCAACUCGAACAAGGCUUCUUGUUGGGAGGUCAACGGGAAAAAAGUCGGAUCAUCCGAGUUGUCAACGGAACAUUCGACAUGAAGUCUUUGCAGGAAAUAAAGGCAAAGAGUUUGCGUGUUCGGCAGUGGAUCAACCUGAUUUCAGAGACGUUUGAUCAGAAAGGAUGGAAACAGUCCUUACCAAGAGCCCGAAGAUCCUUUCCGUUCCGCUUUUUGAAAAAACUAGAGUGCGAACCGCAAGUGAGGAAGCCUUUUGACCCGAACACGGCAGCAGCUAUGGGUGGCAGUUUGUUGGAAGAUGCGUGGCACGAGUGCAAGGAGGCGCAAAGGUUCUAUGCAGAUGCCGCGUUGACGGAGUAUUAUUUGCAACAGAACCGGCUUAAGAUACUACGUCUCUCCAACGACACUCUAGACAUCGAAAAUUGCUACAUUAAUCUUGGAAUUGUCGAUUAUUCACUAAACCGACAAAACCAAGAAGCUUUCGAACUAUCCCUCCAGAGGCGUCUAAGGGUUGAAGCGCCGGGCGAGGGGGAAGCACUUGGAUUACAAGAACUUUUUGAUGCCCGUAAGCUAAGAAGCCAUGUUGGUUCUCCCGAUGGCCAGUCAAGAACUCCAAGACGCAUUCUGAUCAGAGGUCGUGCUGGAGUGGGAAAGACAACGUUAUGCAAAAAGAUCAUUCACGACUUCAUCAAUGCCAACUUUCCCCGGUGGAAUUUUCAACGGGUGCUUUGGAUACCCUUGCGGAAGCUGAAAGACAAGCCUACUCUAGAUCAGUUUCUUGGCGAUGAGGUUUGGUCAAAUCAUCGCGAGAAAGACCAUUUCAUCUCUGCUCUUCUGGAAACAAUAUAUCAUCAAACAGAAAACAAGACUCUUCUGUUGCUGGACGGCUUCGAUGAGAUAGUUGGCGCGAAGACUCCCAGUGGAGACCUUGUCAAGUCUCAACCGAUGUUGGAUCUUCUCAACUACCCGAAUGUCAUCAUUACGGCCAGGCCACAUGCAGGAUUUGAUAAAUCGAUUCAGGACUUUGAUCUCGAGCUUGAGACGACAGGGUUUCGCUCCGAGCAGGUAGAAGCAUACGUCGACCAGAUUGUGGGCUGCAUUGGCAAGGAUGAAAAAUCUGCAAGGGAGAUCAAGCAUUUCAUCAACAGCCACUGGUUGAUGAAAAGUCUUCUUCAGAUUCCUAUUCAACUGGAUGCGUUAUGCUUUGCUUGGAACGAAAGGCUUCUCUCGCAAAACAUCGGAACUAUGACUGCCUUGUAUCAGGCCAUCGAAGUCAGACUAUGGAAAAAAGACAUGGUUCUUUUGGGAAAGCUGAGCGAGAGUGAGGCUGAGAAUAUCCACGUACGGUCUCAAGUCCAACAAGCUAUGCAUGAACAUAUCGAGCUGAUUCAGAAGCUUGCUUUUACUGGCUUGUACAACAACUUCGUUGAGUUCACACAUCAACAUCGGAUAACAACAUAUGCAACAUUGCCUGGCUUGGAAGGUAAAUCAGAUAAUCUGCUCAAUGCAGUAUCGUUUCUCCGGAGCUCUCAUUCCGCGGGGAAUCACCCACGUCAGACUUAUCACUUCAUGCAUUUGACCUUCCAGGAGUUCUUUGCUGCUCAUUACUUCGUGCACUGUUGGAUGACUGAUACCCCGCUGACAUGUCUUGAAAUGAACUCAACCAAGUGUCAUUAUCUGGAUACGAAACAGUUUAUACACCGCGAGAAGUAUAAUGGUCGCUACAAUGUCAUGUGGCGGUUUGUAGCAGGACUUCUCCAUGGAAGCAAGAAUCAAGAAAGACUAACCCAGUUCAUGCAAGUGCUGGACAGUGAGCCAAAGGACUUACUCGGACUUGCACAUCCUCGUAUCUUGAUGUAUUGUUUCAAUGAGAUUCUGCUUCCUCCUAGGUGCAGUGCUCUGCGGCAAUUGCAACAAAGCAUCGAUGGGGAGCUACUGGCUGCUUUAGUGGGAUGUAAUGCUUUUAACUCAUUCCCUUUGAGUACUGAAAUGGAGUUCCCCGAGCACUUACUGGGGCGCAUUCUGGAUAAAUCCAAUGAGAAACUCAAAAUCAGGGCUCUCCGCGAUAUAUCAAGCCGCGCCUGGGUAUCACCAGCACUCCUACAGAAGAUGAACGAUAUUAUGCACACCAGUAAGUCCAAGAGCUUGAAGCAGAGUGCAUUCCGUGCUCUCAUUGAGCAUGACAUAUUUCGGCAAGAGCCGCUCCAAAAGAUCCUCGAGACUCCAACGCUGUGGACAGUAGGAACUUUUGAUAUCGCUCUCAUGAGGAGAAUUACAAGGGCACAGGAAGAAUUUAUCAAUACAUUGUUAGCCAGGAUCGAGGCAAAACAGACUCCAGUGCCAGAGUGGGUUGGUUUCAUAAAAUCGCACUUCAGGCUAGCUGAAACAAAUAUAACGAAGCUUGUAUCACUGCUGGAGGCGCGAGAACCACCGUUGAGGGAAUUUGCCGUGUCAACACUCCAGUCCUAUCUAUCUACAAACAUCGAUAUCAUCCCGCGUGUUCUGGCUCUCCGGCAUGAUAGUGAUCUACGGGUGAGGCUUGCGGUCAUCCGAGCUUGCUACAGGGUCUCUGAUAGGUCAUUUGUUCUUGAUACAUUACACAGUGCUCUGAAUGAUGACGAUGCAAACGUUCGACAGUUUUCUGCAGAUGCCUUGCUGUCAGAAGAAUCUUUGCCCAUCGAAAUUUUGGACACUCUGGCGUUUCGAAUGAAAAAUGAUAAGGACGCUAUAGUGAGGAUAACAACAAUGGAAGUAUGGAGCAAACAUUGCGCCUUCCCGGCGGAUAUCGUUGAAACUGCAAUUCUGUUCCUGGAUGACGGGAACUUCUGGAAUGUUAGGCUUGCUGCAGCUGGAGUAAUAGGCCGUCAGAAGAUUCCUGACUCGCGAGUGCGAUAUUUCGUGUCUAUGCUCAAUAAUGCGAACUCGGAAAAACGACAAAUUGUGCUUCAAAUUCUCUGGGAAUUUUCCGCGCACUCCCAGCUCCCAGACGAAGCUUUUGAAGCAUUGCUCAAAAUCUGGAGCCACGUUGAUGAUUUCGAGAGCGAGAGCGAGAGACUUCGCGCGAAAGCGAUCCUUCUUAACUAUCAUGACUUGAGUGACAACGUUCUCAAAUCUUUGAUUCCCUUUCUUGGUCAUUCAGACAAGCAACUGCAACGCCAAGCGUGUGAGAUAUUUGCUGGACGGUGCCGAUUGCCAGAGUAUGCCACGGGACCCGUCUCUGCUCUGUUGGUUGACCCAGAUUUAGACCACGCGAAUUACUUGACAAAGAACUUGGCAUUAAUGGCCUUAUAUAAGGACCCAGAACUACCGGAAUGUAUUCAAGAGUCCGUGGUCCAGACCCUAGCGACUUCGCAAGACAAUAGAGGUAAGUACUAUGCCGCCAACUGCCUUCGUGCGCAAAAGCAUCUCAGUCCAGGGCUCGUGCAAGCCAUGAUUUCCGUUCUCACAUGGUCCACGGCAUCACAAGUUGAAAGUCUCAUUCGCGAGCGUGAUGAAUUUAGCACGGUGCUGCCGAACCUCGAUGGCGAGCGUUGGGAGAUGUUGUUCGAGAUCUGGAUGAAGAAAAGCCUGUUCUUCGACUUUUCUUGUGUUCUUCGUGGAGAGGAACUUCGGCUUACCACUCCGGAGCGUGCUUUAAGCGUCCACUUGUCAACCCCUCUACAGCGGGAGACUGUCAGAAACGCAGCGAAGGCUGCUCGAGCGCGGGUACUGGGUGGCUCUGGCUUGGUGCGCGAGUAAGCUCUUAGCGAUUCAGGUGGUGAUGUUGACUUAGUCUUCAAUUUUACACGGCUGCCUGACUCGAUUCAAGACUACACCGUAGGUGCUUGGAUACAUAACCAUAGUCUUUCAGCACACUGUGCAUGCUGUCAAUCGGUGCAAUUCACAAAUCUCGCCUUAACCUCUUGUUUACGCGAGAUGAC